AAAAUUUCUGCUUCUUCUGCUCUGCAAUACACAUUCAUAAAAAAAUAACCCAUUUAAUAAAAUGAUCAGAACUCCCCAAAAUCAUGCAGAUCAAACACAUGAUGGCAUUAAAGGACCUGAAUUGCACAAAGCACUCACGUUCCCCAACACCGCCGAGUUUGUUGUGAUGUUUUUGGCAGUGAUUUGAUGCGGCGUACACGGUGGAUGAGUUCGAGUUCUACCUUUCCGAAUAGGAAUCGAAGCUCCUGAUCAUGCCGGAAGAACCGAUUCAUGCGGCCCAAGCGGCUGCUUCCAAGCUUAACAUCCCUCACGUGACCGCCAACCUGUCUGCCGCCGCCAGCCUCGUCACUCUCUCUUCCGCCGCCGAGGGGAGCCCCGACUCGGUCUCGCAACUCAUCAACGACCCCUCCGACGUGGUGCUCUUCCUCCACACGUCGAGGACCACGAGCCGGCCCAAGGGAGUCCCCUUGACGCAACUCAAUUUGGCCUCCUCGGUCCAGAACAUCAAAUCGGUCUACAAACUCACUGAGUCGGACUCGACGGUUAUCGUCCUCCCUCUGUUUCACGUGCAAGGAUUAAUUGCCGGGUUACUAAGUUCAUUUUCUGCAGGAGCCGCUGCGACUCUCCCAGCUGCAGUCUCUCAUGCUUUACGGCUCCUGUUGGUGAUGAAAGGAGAUGAGGGAUUUGAGGUUAUGGAGGCAGGGAAUAGCAGAGAAGAAAGCAACAAAGAUGAUAAACGGACAAGACUGCUGUCGGGGCAAAAUCGGAAAUUUGUUGUUUGGGCCAUUUUAAUUGGACUAGUUUAAUGUUGGGCCUUGUCCUAACCAUUAAAUAAAGUUCUUACAUGGUUUUUUUGUUAACAUUUAAAG